AUGCAGGCUCGGAACAAUCUUGGAAUGGUCUUGAAGCGGGUCCCUCGCGUGGCGGAAGCAAGCAUCCUUCCAAUAUGUUCGGGUUGUGGGAUGUUCGUCCGCUCGUUUAACUAUUCGCCUAUUCGCCUGUGCUUUGAAUUUGUGUGGAACAAGCUCAAUUUUACCGAGGAUUUCGUCCCACUAGCGAGCAUCACGAUUAACAUCAUAUUCUGGCUGGAUCAAACUGCAAAAGACGAGGGUCCGGAACCGCCCUGCGAGGAAUGCGACUCUGUCCCCGCAGCUGCGUUGGCCUUCCUAUGGAAUCACGGGGAAGUUUGGAAGUGGAGCGCGCUUGGCGAUGACCAGGAGCGGGCGCUAAGCCUAAAGCACAGGUCCAUCGGGCCGCCUUAG